UAGCGCUCGGAUGUGGCUGGAGCUAGAGGCGCGCAGGGCCGAGGACGCCGCAGAUCUGGGACCCGGAGCAGCUCUGAGGCGGUGAAUAAUAGCUCUUCAAGUCUGCAAUAAAAAAUGGCCUCCAAUAAAACUACAUUGCAAAAAAUGGGAAAGAAACAAAAUGGAAAAAGUAAAAAAGUUGAAGAGGCAGAGCCUGAAGAAUUUGUUGUAGAAAAAGUACUGGACCGACGUGUAGUGAAUGGGAAAGUGGAAUAUUUCCUAAAGUGGAAGGGGUUUACAGAUGCAGACAAUACUUGGGAACCUGAAGAAAAUUUGGAUUGUCCAGAGUUAAUUGAAGCAUUUCUUAAUUCUCAAAAAGCUGGUAAAGAAAAAGAUGGAGCAAAAAGAAAGUCAUUAUCUGACAGUGAAUCUGAUGAUAGCAAAUCAAAGAAGAAAAGAGAUGCUGCUGAUAAACCAAGAGGUUUUGCCAGAGGUCUUGAUCCAGAACGAAUAAUUGGUGCCACAGACAGCAGUGGAGAAUUAAUGUUUCUCAUGAAAUGGAAAGAUUCAGAUGAGGCGGACUUGGUGCUGGCAAAAGAGGCAAAUAUGAAGUGUCCUCAAAUUGUAAUUGCUUUUUAUGAAGAGAGGCUAACUUGGCAUUCUUGUCCAGAAGAUGAAGCUCAAUAAUUGUUUGCAUUGCUUUUUAUAUAUAUUUAUACAUAUAUAUAAAAUCUGGGUCUCAGUUUUUUUUGAUUAUUAGUGUGAAGAAAUAAUGACAUUCUAAUGAAAAUCAAGUUUGAUAUGUUCGUUUUGAAGUAGUAUUGGGCAAGUUGUUGGGGAUUUUUGUUUUUUGCAUCUGUAGCACUGGUUACUUUGAACAAAUAAAAGCUUUCUGUAGUUGCUUCCUUUAGCAGAAAAGAACAUUUGAUACUAUGGUAUAUUAUUUCCUCGGCAUUAGAGAACAGCUUUUCUAAAUGUUGGGGAAAAUCUAUAGUCAUUGCUCAAUCAGAAUUUAGAAUUUGCAUUUAACUCAUAAAUGCUUAAGGACCAUUCUGGGUUUUUCAUGUGUGUAUACAUAAAAUACAUAAAUAUGUGGCUUGGGGUUUUUUUGUUUUGGGGUAUUUUUUAAUACAUUUACCAAAACAAAAAUAGCAUUUCACAACCAUGCAUAAUCCCAUGUUUCCGGGAUUCCAUAAUUUUAAGCAAUAUAAGAAAUCAUUUCGACUUAAACUGAAAUUUUUCAAGUCUUAACAUUUCAAAUUAAUUUUGUAAUUAAUUGGACAACUUUAAACAAUUUAAAUUGGACACUUUAAAGCAGCCAUAUCAGAAUCUGUAUCCAUAUCUACAGUCAUAUAAAUGCAGUUUUAUAUCAGAAUCCCUAAAAGGAAAAUUUUAUCACUACCAACAGCCUCCCCACUCAAAUGAAAAAACUAGAAAAAUCCUACUGUGUUUUAAAUAAGCCAAGCAACACUUAGUUAAAUGGACAUUUAAAGGUUCCUUCUGGUGAACCAUUACUUUACAAGAAGUUAAAAUCCCUGUGCUGUAUUAUAUUGACUGAAAUGCCAUGAUACAUGGAAUUUCUAAGACUUGUUCAUGGAAAUCUAAUCAGUUAAGUUAGCAAUUGAAGACCUGCAGGAAUAAAUGGAGUAAACUUUUGUAAUCUAAACUUCACCUGCAUGUUUUUUCUUUACCCCAACCCAUUUCUUAACUGUAGGCUCAGUCUUCUCAGUAUUUGGGUUACUGGUUCAGCAGAAGCCAGGAAAAACAAUAAUUUUGUAGUAAUCAGAAUGUUACUCAAUUGUAUAUUGUUUACUUUAUUGUAAAUAUUGGUGAACAGUGGUCAAUAAAUAGUUUUAUAUUCCUUUAAAAAAAAAAAAAAAAAAAAAAAAAAAAAA